AUGAAAGCUAUGAAAUCGAAUUUACACUUGAAUCUUAACCCCUCGAGAUCCGACUCGAGUUCUGGAUCCCAAAUGAUAGCGACCCCCACGGGCGGAACCACUGGAUACAUGACGCCUGUGGAACAGAACCAGCCCUUCGCGUUCCAGACGCCAGCCGUCGGAACUAAGAGAUCAGACUCGGUUAGUUCUGGUUUCUCAGACCUCUACAAGACAAACAGCGUUUCUUCCAUGUCUUCCAUGAUGGACGUUAUGGAAACUUCGCCUGUGAGCCUUCAAAGCUACGAUUUCAGCCCUACAUUUGACGAUCUACUAAUAGGACUCUACCACUCAUACGCCAACAAGCCAAACAUCACGCCAUUCAACAUCAACUUCCCGCCUUCAGGAAUCGUGUCCAAGAUCUCCAAACAGAUGUACAACCGACUUGUUAGUGAUAGAACAUUACAACUAGACAGAAACGAGAAAACCACAGACGAAUUGCUGCUUGACUCGAACCAAGGAAUUUGUUUAUCCAUCAUCAGAAGAAGACUGUUGGACCUGUGCAGCUCCGCGGUUGCCGAUUCAGACUCCAUUGCGCGGUGCAAUUCGUUCUCGUCAUCAACAGGAACCUUUAUGUCUCAGCAAAGACCCUCAUGGUUGCACCAGAACCCGACUUUUUCAGCCACCAGACUCUCGUCCACAGACUCGCUUGUGGACUCUGUUCAAAUCGCCGUGCAACCACACCUGCCCCACAGAGACUCUCAGAACGACGUUCUGAUGACGCCACCCCAAUCCAGAGCGGGCUACUCUCCAGCGUCCGCAAAGCCAAAACUCAACAUCAAUCCCAUGGACCAGUUCUCUUUCGAGAACACGGCCAAGCUACAGAGCCCAUUUUCAGAGACUCAGUUCCAUUUCGGAUCUUCUGCACAAUCGCCUUCCAACCCCGUGUUCCCCAAAAAACAGAGCAAAUCAAACUCUCUCAGCUCACUCUUCACCGCAUCUAACACUCAGUCAACCAUCCCAGACCUGGAGGUUGACCCUCUUUAUAAUGUCACUGCGCAACGGAAAAGAGAUAGCUUGAAGCUAAAGAGAAACAUGAAAUAG